ACUGAAUCAAUACAAUCUUCAACUGUGGCGCCAUUUCAUAAGUUAGCAACUUAACAUAAGCAGGUUGUAAAGUGAAAAAGCAUGGGGAAGUUAAUGGUUCUCUCGGUUUUGGUUGUAGCUGUAGCUGUACUGAUUGGAAAGCGAUUUAUCGCGUUAAGAAAUACAAUGUUGGUUUCUAGAGAAGUCACCCAAAAUCACCUCCCUAAUUGUGAACUGAUAAAAGGAAUAGAGAUUGGAGCUGAAGACAUCACUGUACUUGAAGAUGGUCCGGCCUUUAUAAGCUCUGGAUUGAAGUACCCAGGUAUGCCUCGAUAUACAGAUGCGCCUGGUAAGAUCUACGUGCUAAAUCUGCCCUCUGGAGCAGAUCUUACAGAGCUCCACAUCAAGGGAGACUUUGACACAGCUUCGUUUGCCCCACAUGGAAUCUAUAUCUAUAUUGAUGACGAUGGCUCUCGAUAUUUAUUUGUGGUGAAUCAUCCACAUGAAAACAGCCAGGUUGAGAUAUUUCAGUAUAUCGAAGAGGAAAGCACUCUUGUGCACAUGAAGACCAUAAAGCACGAGUUGCUGCAUAAUGUGAACGACAUCGUAGCUGUGGGAGUGGAGAAUUUCUACGCCACUAAUGAUCAUUACUUUACCAUCGGGCCGCUGAAGGUUCUGGAAACGCUGCUCUAUCUGUACUGGUGUGAUGUGGUGUAUUACAGUCCUGAAGCAGUUCGCGUUGUGGCAGAAGGAUUUUUUGGUGCAAAUGGCAUCAACAUCUCCCCUGACAAAAAGCAUUUGUAUGUGUCAGAUUUAUUGAAUCACAGAAUCGUUGUGCUGAACAUCCAGAAAGACAACAAACUGUCCCGUGUGAAGGAAGUUGAUGUAGGCUCCCUCUGUGACAAUAUUGAAGUGGAGAGUAAAACUGGAGACUUGUGGAUGGGAUGUCACCCGAAUGGAGGCAAAAUUCUUCUACAUGAUCCAAAUGAUCCACCAGGCUCAGAGGUCAUUCGUAUUCAGAAGAUCCACUCCGACGAGCCGGUGGUGACUCAGGUGUACUCUGAUAACGGCAGCGUGCUCAUAGCAUCUUCAGUGGCUACUCCGUAUAAAGGGAAACUCCUUAUAGGAAGCGUGUACCAAAAAGCCCUGAUCUGUGACCUCGAGUAGAACAUGGACUUCAACGUCUAACACUGCUCUGCACAGCUGAAGUCCGUCACAUACAUGCAAGUAGCAAAUAAAAGGGAAAUGCAUCUUAGUAAAAUGUCAAAGGCUCCAGAAUAACAUCACUGUGCCUUGUUUCUGGAACUGUACUGGAGGGAUAGACACCAAGAUCCAAAAUAUUCUCUCAAUUGGGGUUGAUGAAACAACAUCUCCUGCCAUUGUUUUCUUCUCUUUGUCACCCAUCUGUAGAUGUUUCCUCUAUAACGAAACAUGUUCUUACACUAUUGGGUGUAUUUCUAAUCUCUACUAAAUUCUCUCAGACAAAAUACAUAAAAUUCAGUAUUUGUCAUACCAAUAAACUAUACAUUUUCAGUAGGCCUGUUGGCUAUAUACUUAAAUAAUUAAAUAAAACCAAUAAUGUUGAACAAUGGUCUGAAGGAGUUAGAAAAGAGGAUUAUUUGGCAGGAUUAUAUGGAUAACCACAAAAGCAAUUCUAAAUAGCAAAAUACAAGAGUGUAGCAGCAUAAGAUCAAGUAAUUGGAUAGAAUUAUUAAUGUAUUGUAAAAUUGCCAAUUUAAAAAGCAAUCCAACAUAAAUACAUUGGCUCCAAUUUCCUUCUGUCUAGUAGAUAGACCCUGAAUGCACUCUGUGUAGAUAAAUGAAUGAAAAAGUUGAUUUAAGCUAUUCAUAAUUGUGAUAAAUUUAUUAAUUAAAAAUGAGUGAAGUAACAAAUUAUUUUUUUAUUCUUCAAAAAAAAAAACAACCUCAAAAUGUACCGUCAAAAUAAUAAGAUAUAUAGGCAUAUAAUGAACAAACUGAGAUUUCUAUAUUAGUUUCUAACGAAUACGUCAUAUAUUUUUCAUUGAAGUAAGUUAAGGUUACUGGAAGACACAAAAUAUCAAGUAACAUUGAACUUAAUUGCACUGAUAAGACUUCUUUGACUGAGAUUACUUGAUGAACAUAGUCACAGGUUCCAUAUUCCAUGUCUAGUAUUGAAGAAGAAGCCUUUAUUUUGUCACAUAUACAUUACAGCACAGUGAAAUUCUUUCUUCACAUAUUCCAACAUUGGUUGUUGGGGUCAGAGCACAGGGUCAGCAAUGAUAGAUCACCCCUGGAUCAGUGAGGGUUAAGGACCUUACUCAGGAGCCCAAAAGUGGCAGCUUGGCUGUGCUGGGGUUUGAACCCUGAUCCUCCAAGCAACAACCCAGAGCAUUAACAACUUGAUCCACAACAUUAUGGGUAGUUAUACAAUGUGCUUAUGUGAAUUCAAGAAUUUUUUCCUACCCAGUUCCAGCAUAUGCAGAUUGUAGCAUCAGAAUAACAUUUCAGAAUAUGGAUUCUAUUUACUGUUGUGUUUGAUGUGCUUUACAGCUGAUAAUGUGAUUUUAAAGUUGAUACUGUGAAUUUUAAAUUAUGAGCUUAAUUGUUCCACUUUAUGUUCAAAUAAACAUGACCAUUUGCCUGUUUA